AUGGAAGCCAGUCAAACAAUAUUACUUAAUGACUUCCUUAAUGCAACUGACUUUGUUUACAUGAAGUCAAGUAAUGAUUCAGACAUCCUGGAUGGAGAUAGUAUAAGUGGUGCAGCUGGAAGUAUUUUGUCUUGUAGUGAUAAUAAUAGUGAAAAUGUUAGAAAUGGUCUUGAUGAUUAUGAUGUUGGAUUUCAGGAAAGACCACCAGUAACAAUAACUGUUACUGACAAUAAUCUUACACCAUGCGUUGUUCUAGAUCUUAAUGAAAAUGGAGAAAUCCAACCCUGUCAUAAAUUAGCAAAAUAUCAGCGACCACUUACUAAUCUGAUUGGUGGACACUUUUAUAAAAAGGUUGGUAGUGGAAAUCAAUGUGAGAACCCAUGUAAAGACAAGCACAAUAAUGAUACUACAGACACACUCCAGCUUUUCAGCAGAUGGAUCAUGUAUGUUUCAACAACUGCUAAUGAAGAAAGAAAAAACAUCUUAUUAAGAUGGUUGUCCUCAAUUCUCAUUAUGUUCAAUAAAUCAGCGGUCCCACCAAUAGGUUAUGCUAAUCCAUUUAUAGUCAAGGCUGCACUGAAGAUAGGACAUGUUGACACUGAUAGUUUUACAACUGGGCUAUACAACUUCACACCUGAUGAAUCAGCUAAAAUGGGGAAAGCACUUGGAGCGGCCAUAUGGAAUUCUCGGUCAUGCAUACGUCAUAAUAAGAAAAAACUUGAAUCACCGGCAUCGCUUCAAGAAUAUGAAAAAGUAGACUCCCGAGAUAUAAGUAAUGAUGAUGAAUCUAUUGUCAAUAGUCUAUUUGGAGAAUCAGAGUUCACAGAACAGUGGUUUGAGACCUGUACAGAUGUCUUUCGUAAACUUCUGGAAACUGCAUGCACAGAUUAUGAAGCGCAUGACAUACUCGACAUUAUUCGAGAGAAGAUCUCAUCUGUCCAAGCAGAGAGGGAUCGGCUAAGCAUGCUUAUUUCUGAAUAUGUCGGAGAUGCAAUUAUGAUCAAAGAAGAAAGAGCAGUGAGAUCGAGAAAAGAGGCAUUAUGGAAAUUAGUCGCAGAGUUAUUAGAUGCAUUCAGUCAAUCAGAUCCAACAAAACAUGUCCUCUUCAAAAAUGCAAAGGAAAUGAAUGAUUCUGGCUUUCGAAUGUUAUUUACCUGUUAUGACGCUGGAGUACCGCGUUUGCAGGCAUUAUUACGACAAGACAUUUUAAAAACCGAAACAUGCUGUGUAAAAGGCCGCAGAGCGAAAAAUAUCGUCUCUCACAAAUUGGAAAAUCUUAUGGGCGAGAGAUCAGUUAAACGUAAAAGGGUAUAUCCAUUCGCCACGGAAGAAGUAGAAGAACGUGUAGUUAUACGCAAAACUGAAGCAUCACCUGAAAUCAUAACUCGUAUGAGACAGCAACAGCGACGAGCAACGAAUGAAAGGGCAAAGAAUAUCCUCAGAUCAAUUCUAGCAGAUCACCCAUUUCCACGCACAAGGGUUCCAUAUAUUCUGCAGCAACUCCGAGAUGAGGGAGAAGAAUGGACUGAGAAGCGUAUACAGAUAUAUUGGAAAAAUCAUAAUUAUAGAAAAAAGAAUGCUCAUCAAUCGUCCAGUGACAGUACUCUGGUUUGA